CAAUUCGUCUCUGUUCCCUCUGCAAUUUAGAAUACAGUGUGCGAUAUGAUUCCCGGCCUCACCGACGACGCGGCACGCGAGUGCCUUACUCGAGUCCCCUACAGUGCCUUCCCCACCCUCUUCUCAGUCUGCAAGCUCUGGCGGCAGGAGCUUCGCGACCCGACGUUCCACCGGUUCCGGAAAUCCACCGGCAUCGCUCAACCCGUUGUCGUCAUGGUCCAGCCUUACUGCACCUACGACAACUGUCCAGGACUCAUGGUCCACCGCCUCGUCAUCUUCGAACCGGCCACCGGUGUUUGGAGUUCCCUCCCCCCGUGCCCCAACCUAACCCAUGGGCUCCCGCACAUAUGCCGGCUCGCCGCUGUCGGUACCGAGCUCGUCGUCGUCGGUGGAUGGAAAAUUGACACCUGCCUCACAACCGACGAGGUUCACGUCUACGACUUCGUAUCUGGAGAGUGGCGCCGCGGGUCCCCCCUCCCGUGGCCCCUGCGGUCCUCCUUCGCCUGCGCGGCGACGCACGAUUCCGACAAGGGCUGCCGAACGGUGUACGUAGCCGGCGGGAUUGACCGGAGCGCGAACCCGCUUCGGUCUGCGCUGGCGUACGAAGUGGGAGGAGACUCGUGGAAGCCGCUGCCCGACAUGGCGCGCAAGCCCUUCAAUUGCCUCGGGGUGAUCCUGCGCGGCAAGUUCCACGUCCUCCACAGGCACUGCUCGGAGGCCUUCGACCCGGCCGCGGGUAGUUGGGGCCCCGUGGAGGAGUUCGUGCCUCCGGGGGAGCAAUAUCCGACGAUAUGCGUCACGGGAGUGGACGGGAGAAUUUACCGGUGCAUGGGGAGGGAAGUGAUGGUACAGCUAGACGGCGCCGUGUGGGCUACGGUGGCCAAGCUGCCGAGCGAAAUGCGUGUGGCGAUGACCGCGGUCGCAUGGGAGGGGAAGCUGAUGGUAUUGGGGUUAGACAUGCGCAACGGCGCCUUUGUGGCGAAAAUUCUCGACCUAAAAGCAACUAUGACGAUGACGACACCGGCGUCGGCGUCGUGGAGGAACGUGGAGGUGCCGCCGGAGUACCAAUGGCACGUGGAGGUGGCUUGUUGCUUGGUGAUCUAA